CCGCCUUCAUUACAUACAUUUCUCCUCUUCCUCCCUCAACUUCUUCAUCAGUUUCUUUCUCAUUUUUCUCUCAAUCACCAUGAGAAUGAGCUGCAAUGGCUGUCGAGUUCUUCGUAAAGGUUGCAGUGAAACUUGCAGUUUAAGACCAUGUCUUCAAUGGAUCAGAUCCCCAGAAUCUCAAGCCAAUGCUACUGUCUUCCUUGCCAAGUUCUAUGGUCGUGCUGGACUCAUCAACCUCAUCAAUGCUGGUCCUCAUCAUCUUCGCCCCGCAAUAUUUAAGUCUCUAUUAUAUGAGGCUUGUGGCCGGAUAAUUAACCCGGUUAACGGGUCAGUCGGGUUAAUGUGCUCGGGUAAUUGGCAACGUUGUCAAGAAGCUGUUGAAUCUGUACUUAAUGGGUCAACAAUCGUGCAAGUGCCAAUCAACGAUGAGAGUAAUAAUAACAAUACUGAUCAAAUCGUUCCAUUAAAAAGUUGUGACAUACGUCACAUUGCAAAGAACUCAUCAAACACUGAGCAAGUGAUCAGAACCAGGAAUGGACGGUUCAAGCGUAAGGCUAAUAAUUCUGUUGCUGAAGAGGCAGCAGAAGAGUACUUGAUGACGAAUGAGCCCCCCUCGAAGUUUAGUAUAACAGGGUGGGAUCAGUUGAAUGAGAUGGAUGAGUUGAAACGCGCACCAAGUCAUGACUCGUUCUCCGUUGAAACGGUUGAACCGACCCUGUUGGUGAACCGGGUCGACCCGGUGAAGUUGGAGGAAAAUGGUGAUGUUGGAUUAGAGCUUACUCUUGGGUUGAUGAGUCCAAUUUAAUAAAACCAUUUUGGUGUUUUUAGUAAAAGGAAAAUAGUUAAUUUCCUUUUUAAUUGUCUUUUUGUUUUGUUCUUUUGUUUGCUCUAGAGUUUUUUUUUGGUAUUUUAUUUUGGAGGCGUAUACAAAUAGAUAGAGAUAAAAGAAGUGUAAUUAUGUAGUUGGUGAUCAAUGUAAGAGUGAAAUGGUCACAAGAUCAAUCGAGCUUAGUGACAAAGUGAUCGUUAAUAAUAUUAGUAUCUAAUUAACUACUAAAA